CUGCUUCCGCCUCGUCGUCACAGAUGUAAACCGUCAUGGCCGCCUCCAGUCGCACUCCUGUUGUGGUGGCUCUGGUCGUACUCUGCUGGUGUCCAGUCGGCUUCGCCACCGAGUUCUUCUCCUCCCUCACGCUGUUCAACAGCGAGCUGCACAAGCAGGGAUGCAGCUCGCUGUCCGAGUGGGAGGAAUACGCCGCGGACUGCGAGUCCACCAUUCUCCAGCUGGAGGAUCCAGACUGCGAGGAGGGUCGAAACCCGCCGUGUGAGUCCGUCUUCUCUCUGAACGCCGAGAAGAUCCUGAACCAGGCCAAGCUCUUCAUCGAGCAGAAGAAAAUCCCCUUCCCUGUCGAGGACCUCAGCAUCAACGAAGAGCUGGCCAUCGGCUAUGUUCUGAUUGGCAACGGCCUCUACGAUGAAGCCAUCAAACACUUCUCGCUGCUGCUGCAGUCGGACCCAGAGCUGGUCAGCGCCAUCUACGGCCGGGGGAUGGCCUACGGCAAGAAGAGCCUCCAGGACAUAAAAAAUGCUGACCUGGCGCUUUACGAGCUGAACCGGGUGGUGGCCUUGGAGCCCAACUGGCCGGAGGUGUACGAGCAGCGAGCUGAGAUCCUGUCGCCCCUCAGCCGCAUCAGCGAGGCCCUCAGUGACCUCACCAAAGCCAUCCAGCUGCAGCCGUCGGCACGCCUCUACCGCCACAGAGGAACCUUGCUCUUCAUCUCCGAGGACUACGUGGCAGCCAUGGAGGACUUCCAGCAGUCUCUGGAGCUGAAGAGGAACCAGCCCAUCGCUAUGCUGUACAAGGGCCUGACCUUCUUCCACCGAGGGAUGCUGAAGGAAGCCAUCGACACCUUCAAAGAGGCUCUGAAGCUCAAGUCCGACUUCAUCGAGGCCUACAAGAGUCUGGGCCAGGCCUACAGAGAGCUCGGGGACUUUGAGUCGGCCAUGGAGAGCUUCAAGAAGGCCCUGAUGCUGAACCAGAAUCACAUCCAGUCCCUGCAGCUGCGCGGGAUGAUGCUGUACCACCACGGCUCGCUGCAGGAGGCCAUCGGCAACUUCAAGCGGUGCCUGCAGCUGGAGCCCUACAACGAGGUGUGUCAGUACAUGAAGGGUCUGAGUCACGUGGCCAUGGGCCAGUUCUACGAGGGCAUCAAAGCUCAGACCAAGGUCAUGCUCAACGACCCGCUGCUGGGCCAGAAGGCCAGCUCCGAGUACCUGAAAGUGAAGUACCUCAGAGAGUACUCCCGCUACCUGCACUCUCACCUGGACGUCCCUGUGGCCGAGUACAACGUGGACCUGGAUCUUCCAGGGAACUUCAAGAACCACUGGGCCAAGAACCUGCCCUUCCUGAUUGAGGGCUAUGAGGAGCAGCCGGGUCUGCAGCCGCACAUCAAGGACGUCCUACCACAGAACCUGGACAGCUACAGCAGCCAAGUCCAGAAGCUCAUCUGCACCGCCGACCACCUGGGGGCGCUCAUGCAGUACGACACGCCAGGCUUCCUCCCCAACAAAAGAAUACACAGAGCCAUGGGCUUGGCCUCCUUGGAGGUGAUGCAGGCCAUGCAGCGGACGUGGAGCAACUCCAAGGUGCGGGUCAACGGGAAGACCCGGCAGAUGCAGUGGAGAGACAUGUUCGACAUUGCCGUCAAGUGGAGGAGGAUUGCCGAUCCGGACCAGCCCGUCCUGUGGCUGGACCAGAUGCCUGCCCGGAGCCUGAGCCGAGGCUUCAACAACCACAUCAACCUGAUCAGGGGUCAGAUCAUCAACAUCCGGUACCUGGCCUACUUCGACAGCAUCCUGGACUUCAUCAAAGACCGGAUCCUGGUUUAUCACGGAGCGUACAACCCUCGUGGCCUCCCGGAGGUGAGACAGGCGCUGGAGAAGGUGAAGAAGGUGGAGGACCUCCUCCCCAUCAUGAAGCAGUUCAACAGCAAAACCAGAGACGGCUUCACGGUCAACUCCAAGGUGGCCAGCGUGAGGGACUCUGGGGCCGAGUUUGAUGGCUUCACCAUCACCAUCACAGGAGACCGGGUGGGGAACAUGCUGUUCUCUGUGGAGACCCAGACCACGGAGGAGCGGACCCAGCAGUACCAGUCAGAGAUCGAGUCCAUCUACAAAGAUCUGACCAGCAAAGGCAAAGCUCUGAUGCUGUCCACGGAACUCGGGGACGCCGACGCCGUGUGCAACCUCAUCCUGUCGCUGGUUUACUACUUCUGCAACCUCAUGCCUCUCUCGCGGGGCUCCAGCGUGGUGGCGUACUCAGUGGUGAUGGGGGCGCUGAUGGCCAGCGGGAAGGAGGUGGUGGGUCGAAUCCCUAAAGGAAAGGUAACGUUGCCGCACACGCCGAAACGUUCCGACCGGAGUGUGACCGCGACUCGCUUCCAGCUGGUGGACUUUGAGGCGAUGACCACGGCCGGACCUGAGAGCUUCAGCCGGACCGCCAGGAGCUGGAUGAACCUGAGGAGUUUGCCCGGCUGGUUCCAGAGUCUCCCAUCCGUGUCCGAGUCCUUCCCGACCAGCAGAACCAUGAUCGAGGUCCUGAACACGGACUCGUCCACUCACUGCCCCAGAAAGUCUUAACCGGUCCGGAGCCUCGGCUCACGUCUGCCAGAGAAGUACGCAAGUCAGUCCCACGCCGUGGCGUCGAUCAGAAACCGACAAUCCAGCGCCACCUUCUCCCCUGGCGCCGCCAUGUUUCAGUGAAGCGGACCUCACUCAGGCCCGGCCAGGAUCUUACAACAACACCAGAUGAUUUGAAGCCAGUUGAUCAGCUCAGACUCCGCCCACUAACCUGACCACCAGUUGAGAAGGAAGCCAAGUGUAAACAACGGCUUUUAGCCACAUCAAAGCGCAAAAGGAGGAUUUCAUGUGUGUUGGGGUUUGUUGCAGAGCAGAGGGCUUCAAGGUUAAAGUCAAAGCAAAAUAAAAGGAUUGCCGAUCCGGACCAGCCCGUCCUGUGGCUGGACCAGAUGCCUGCCCGGAGCCUGAGCCGAGGCUUCAACAACCACAUCAACCUGAUCAGGGGUCAGAUCAUCAACAUCCGGUACCUGGCCUACUUCGACAGCAUCCUGGACUUCAUCAAAGACCGGAUCCUGGUUUAUCACGGGUACGUCACCGCCCUGACCCCGUCCAUCUCCUGGUGAAUCGGUGAGGGAGGCGGUCAAUGUUCUCCAACUCU